GAUCUAGCUGUGGAGUUAGUAUGCGUCCUUCGCAGCCUUCGCACCGGCAGUGUUGGAUACGGAUGCCGGUAUGCCAUGUUUUCAGACCUGUUGUCGCAGCGCGGGCUUCGAAGCACGGCGCCGUUGCCCGGUCCGUUACCCAUGCCGGGCGCCCGUCCAGCGCGCCCCGCCUUCCUGCAACAACUAGCCGAGCGUCGGCGCCGUGUUAUCGGUGGGAUGUCGUGCCCUGGACUGCGCGACGAAUGUUACGCCUGCCUAUACGGCUGUUCCCAGGCGGGUGUGUUGGGGCCGCGGGACAUUGAGGCCGCCAUCAUGGACACGGGCGGCGAUGCAGGGCGCGCGCUAGCCUGGUACCCCGGGUUGUUGAUGGCAUGGUGGUUUGCUAAGGCGGAUACAUUCUUCCGGGAGAAUCAGCUUCCAGCAUACUACGGCGAAAUCGACUCCAUCCGCUGUAUGGCCGUGUGCCGCGUGUCUGGCCCUCAACAGAAAUCACCAAUUGAAGCGUUCAGCCGACGCUGCUUCACUGCGAGUCGCUGCGACACAGCGAGUCGCGACAGACCCAAGUGUCAUUGUCCCCUUCCGUUCUGCCGAGGGACUUGA